GUACACUUGUCCCCUCCGUGCGUCUUAUUCCUCCCCGCAUCCAUCAUGGCGGGCUGGUUCUCCUCUGCCUCACCGCUCGAUGAGCAGAUCGAGCGCGCUACCGCGUCUUCUCUUGAAGAUAUCGCUCUGAAUCUCGAAAUAUCUGAUCUUAUUCGAUCAAAGGGUGUACAGCCGAAAGAUGCUAUGCGAUCUUUGAAGCGACGAUUAGAGAACAAGAACCCUAACAUUCAGAUAGCGACUUUGAAGCUAACGGAUACCUGUGUCAAAAAUGGCGGAACCCAUUUCCUGGCCGAGAUUGCAUCAAGAGAGUUCAUGGACAACCUUGUCUCGCUCCUUAAAGCGGAAGGUGUCCCGCUGAACUCGAGUGUGAGGGACUUGAUGUUAGCGCUGAUACAGGACUGGGCUAUGGCUGCGCAAGGACGCAUGGACUUGAGCUAUCUUGGGGAGACAUACCGGAAGCUGCAAAUGGAAGGCUUCCAGUUCCCGCCCAAGAGUGCGAUUAGUGGGAGUAUGCUGGAAAGCAGUGCGCCUCCGGAAUGGAUCGACUCCGACGUUUGUAUGCGCUGCCGGACGCCCUUCAGUUUUAUGAAUCGCAAACACCACUGCAGGAACUGCGGAAACGUCUUUGAUGCGCAAUGUUCCAGCAAGACCCUGCCAUUACCCCAUCUUGGAAUCCUACAGCCCGUUCGCGUCGAUGACGGGUGCUACGCGAAGCUAACUUCAAAGCCGUUUAAUCAAGGCUCUUUGGCGGAUCGAUCGACUUUCAAGAACAACUCGAUCACAAAAUCCAAUGUGUUGGAACCCCGCGCGGCCAGGGUGGAAUCGGGCUUCGAUGAGGAUUUGCGCCGAGCCUUGCAGAUGAGCCUGGAAGAGGCUCAAAAUAAGUCUUCAAGCGGAUAUGUGCCGCAGCCUAAACCCGCCCAAGCGCCCGCGAAUACACAGCCGCAGCCUAGUACUGAUGAGGAGGAGGACGCGGAUUUGAAAGCGGCAAUAGAGGCUUCGCUCCGAGAUAUGGAAGAACACAAGCAAAAGUAUGCUGCCGCGUUAAAAAACAACACUUCAGCCGAGUCGUCGCGUGAAACCCCCGCCGCAGCAUCACUACCUAAGAACCCAUACGAACUCAGUCCUGUUGAGGUUGAGAACAUUCAUCUCUUCUCAACCCUCGUUGACCGAUUGCAACAUCAACCCCCGGGCACGAUUCUCCGGGAACCUCAAAUCCAGGAAUUGUAUGAAAGUAUCGGAGCGCUUCGGCCAAAGCUGGCACGCAGCUAUGGUGAAACGAUGAGCAAGCAUGACACUUUGCUGGAUCUCCAUGCCAAACUGUCCACAGUGGUACGAUAUUACGAUCGCAUGUUGGAAGAAAGACUAUCGAGCGCAUACUCGCAACAUAACCUGGGUUACGGCCCCGUCCCUGGGGGCGCUCAAUACCCGAACAUCUACCCAUCGAUGCCUUCUACAACAGCUGAAGUGAGACCGGGCGCAGAAAAUUUCUAUUACGGGAAUUCGGGCGUCGAACCACCAGCGCCUGCUCGCACGCCUUACUCGCAGCCACCUCUUGAACGCGAGAACGGCGUGGUGAGCUCUUCGAUGCACCCACCACUUCAACAGCCUUCUUCAGGUCCGUACUGGAACCCGAAUAAUCAUUCAAUCGCAUCGCCUCAGCCAAACGUCAACGCAUUCAAUAGCAAUAACACGCCUUACCCUGGCCCAGGUGCUCCGUCACAAUUCUAUACUUCCUCGGCAUACCAAGAACCGGAGAAGCUGUUUCAGCAACCUAGGCAAGGGGAGCCUGAGUCGCCUUACCAGCCGUCUCCAGUGACGAAUCGCGACUCGUACUAUCAGUCCGCAGGGUUGCCGUCCAACCCUGUAGAGCAACAGCCGCCAGUCGAUCAUGGGCAAUCCCCAGGUCACGCGCAGCCAGCAGAUUCGCGAUCAUCGCAGUCGGGGCAGCCUAAAGCGACUGAGCCGUCGGCUCAAUCGUAUUAUCUACCACAGGAGCAACAACAGCAACAACAACAACAACAGCAGCAGUCUGCACAAGGAACGGGCUACCAAGGAUAUCCCCAGGGAAACACAAAUUACCAAGCUCCUUACGGAGGGGACGUCUCUCCUAUCAGCGCGCCCCCUCCUGUGCAGUAUCAGCAACCAGCGGCGCCUCGACCGGUUGUGGAGGAGAGCCUGAUCGAGUUGUAG